UCAAGUUCUAACCUUUGUGAUCCACAGUACAUCAGCCUGCUGCGCUGUCCCAUCAUCUGCAGCAUAAAAGAUCACCAUGAAACAAGUUCAAAAGUGAAAAAGCAGCCUCAGUUAAAUCCUCAAAGAGAUGUCCAGCAUUAUAAAGUUUGCAGCACAGUGAUCUUAACAUAAAAAGGAGUGGCUGUGAAGAGUCCAGUCAGUGAAGAAGUUUGGAGCAUCCUUCGCCUAACUUUUGAAGCACUGUGAUCCACUUUCCUGAAGCCUGCCUGAGCCAGCGAUGGAUCUGAAGCGAAUGAAGGAUUACAUCUACUGGCUGUAUUACCAGUAUCUCCUGAUCACCUGCAGCUACGUCCUGGAGCCCUGGGAACAAUCCAUGUUUCACACCAUCACAAUUACGGUGGUUGCCAUGGUGGUCUACACGGCUUACGUCUUCAUCCCCAUCCACAUCCGCUUGGCUUUUGAGUUCUUCUCGCAGAUAUUUGGAAGUCAACCCGAAAGUACUGCUUCACUUAUGGAGUGAUCCCACCAGCACCAACGAGCAGUUCUUUGCAUGCAGUGGAAAAAACAAACACCAUAGUCUUCCUCUUUCUUUGACUGUAUUUGUUUUGGAAGCAAUUUUGAACAUGUGGGUUGAUGUGCAUGCAGAUUCCGCCUUCUCUUAACCAAGCCAGGCUGUCAUUGCCCUAAAUACCAGCUGGCUCUCUCUCAUUGGACCAUCUUCUAUUCUGUUUAAAGCUGCAAUCCUAUCCAAGCUUACCUGGGAGUAAGACCCAUCAAACACAGCUUACUUCCAAGUAGACAUGCGUAGGUUUGGGAUGUUGGUGACAACUUCCCCUUGUAAUAUGUUGCUUUGCUAAGAACCUCUGUAUGAAUUGCAUUCCUAUGUGACACAUCUUAAAUGCCUAGUGAACGUGAUUCAUUAUCACCUUUUGGGGACCACUGUUGGGUCAGGCUUGCAUGUGGUUCACUCACCUGUCUUGCACACCUCAUACCUUGAGUGUUUUCCUAUCUAGCAGGAAGGAAUCUGUGAAUAUUUUUGUUUAGGGGUAAGAGAAGAACUCUUACAAUUACAACAUUUUAUGGCUUUUUCUUUUGAAAACAAUGCUUUUAUAAAAGUUCAGUAACUUUUCUCUCAUGAUGCUUCCCCAACCCCAGUUCCUCCCUGAUGACACAUAUAAAGUAGCUCUUUAUAUAGGACUUUACACCUGGAUUUAAAGCGAUGACUUUCAGCUUAUGUAUUCUGAGUAGAGAAGGGCAAAAUUGGGAAACACACACCUGGUUUGAUGAAGGCUAAGCAGAAAUCUGCCUACGCAGAGGGGUAUUCUCUGCCCUUCCUCCCACAGCAGCCCUUUUGCUCCCCCACCUUCCCAAAAAGCUGGUCCUGUGAGGGACCCUCCACAAAAGUGAUCGAUGUAUUGCAGGUGGCUGCCACUGGAGGCAGGACUUGGCAGAAAUGGGGUGGAGGGCCGACUUAUGGGAGUAGAAGUGUUUUUCCCUCAAGUAAAGCUCCUUCUGGAUCCCAAACAUGAAAUAAUCAAGAGCCUGUAUCUCAAAUAUGUUAUAGUUCUGUCAGGACAGGAAAGUGUAUCUGGGUUUGAGGGGAGGAGCCAUUGCAAUAUAUAUGUUUUUAAAAAUCUUGACAUUUUGCAGGGAACAGACUCCGAGCUGUACCUGUUGUUUACGGUGAAGGUUUUGUUGUUGUUUUGCCUUGCAGCAUGGAGUUCACCUUGCUGAAUGCCAAAUACAGAACUACUUCCUAUUCUGUUACUUUUCACACGAGGUAAAUAAAGCAUGUGUUCAUGCUAUUCUAGAAGUAGAAGCAAUAUCCAGAUAGCUGCAAAGGCUCUAAAAGCAUUUAUAUGGAAGAUUCAAUACUGAGAUUUCCCUUUUUAGAAAGCAAAAAGCAAGCUGCCCUUGAGCCGACUUUUCUUUUUGCCUUUUAAAUGUGUCAAUGUUAUACUUUUAUCUAAAUGAAAUAUGAAUGCCACACAGGGCAAGCUUGCAUAUCUGCUAGAUGUGCUUCUUGCAGCAAUGCGCAACUCUACAACUGCUGGAGGCGAUUUUAAGUGUUAAAUGUAAAUAACACUCAGUGUUUGCAAAAUUACAUGCAAUAUCAGGAAAUUGCUUCUUUUAUGCAGACUGUGUGAGACACUGCAUGUAAAAAAAAAAAGCAAGUUACAUUGUUUCUGUCACAAAGACGUGUCUUGAAGAUUUAAGAGAUCUGAACAUGUAUGCUGUUUUGCAGAAACAUGAAUAAAGUUAAGUUUAUUUUAA